CCACAUUUGCAUAGGCGAUAAGCUUUGAGUUACACACCAUGAAGAGGACCUGAAUUAAAGACUAAAUCAGUCUAGAGUUGACUUUAAGGUCGGUUUUAACAUGGCAUUUAGAUUAAUCGUGCAUUUUGGGAGUAUUGCAUAAGAAGGGCAUUAUAUGCGCGCGACUGUCGCUGUCCGCGGUGCUGAACUGCAGUCUACAGGCAUCACUGCAGAAACAACUGAUCUAGGGUCAUUUUCUCUCGGCAAAACAUCAGCCCGUGCCAUUAUGAAAGCGACACAGCGUUGACCCAGAUCAGCAGUUAUGGGCACAUCAUUGCGACAGAUUGGGGCAAAUGCAAUGCAUCGUUACAUCGGCGUGGCGCGUGCUUGGUUUGGUUGUUAUUACUAUCCUCCUGCGGUUGUUUAUCGUUCAUCAGAUCAUCUGUCAUAAGUCACGCAGGGCUCCUCUAGUUUUGCAUUUCCACCGCGAGCACAAUGGCCGGCUCGUUUUUCCGCAAUGGUCUUCAGGAAAGUCGCCGCUACGUCACGCCCCUGUGCCCAUUUUUGGAGGGGCGCCCCGUCACAUCCCUUGCCCAUAUCUGGGCAAGAGCCGUCCAGAGUCAGCACACGGCGGGGAAUCCUCCAGUCGACGUAGAUGAGCGGUGGGCGGAGCUCCGGUCGAGCCGAACAGUAUAAAAGGGGAACGAGGAAUUCCAGUAAACGAAUCGACGGAGACCAGAAACCGACGCUAAAGAAGCUCAGCUUGACAAGGGAAUCCCAAAGCAUUACCGUGCCAUUCGGAAAUAAUCCCAAAGACAUUUCGUGUGGACUUUAGGUACAUAUAUAUCUUUUUGCAUCAUGCUGAACACCGUGGACUUCAGUGCGCUGGACUUCCUCUGCGCCCAAACCCAGAGUCUCGAGACCCAAUCUAGCCCUCAGAGUCAACCUGAUGCUGCUCGCGGACUGUUGAAGCCCAAAUUGGAGCCGCUGGAUGCCGGUUUUCCCGAGUGCUCCAGUGACGGCUUCCCGCCGUCUCCACCGACCUACACCGGCAGUUUCUACACCGAGACCGGCCCUUGUAGCGCGGACGCCCUGCUCAGCCUCCUCGCCGAAAUCGUCGGCAUCUCCGCGGCACCCAUUUCCGAGCUGAGCGCCGAAAACUUCUCCGGAAACUCUCGCGGCAACGCGUUGUCACGCCAGGAGUCGUUGUUAUCCACGGGGGGCUCAUUGGGUUCCCCGGAACCGUACUGCAACGACUCGUCGGAUGAAUGUAUGGACGGGUUGAGUGUCCAACAGUCGUUCCCGGUGACCGUCAAGAGCGAGUUCGGCGGCAGUUGCCAUGGCUGCGAUCUUUUCGAUGGGUUCGGUACUCCAGAUUCACUCCCUCACGAGCCCUCAGACUUGGAUGACAUCAUUGACUUGCUCUCUCCAUUGGGACCCGAGACAGACUCCGUUUUGGACACGUGGAUCAAGCAAGAGCCAUUGGAUCUAAACUACUCCACCAACUUCGCUAACUUUCAGCUUCCGGUCUCGACCCCCAGUGCGUUCGGACUCGGCUGCGCGUUGGACUCUCUUGUAGUAAAGAGUAAAGCGCGAUCCAGGAAGGGCGCGGCCCGCGAGAAGCCCUUCAUCUGCCCGAUGGAGAACUGCGACCGCCGCUUCUCCCGUUCCGACGAGCUCAACCGUCACGUGCGCAUCCACACCGGCCACAAGCCCUUCCAGUGCCGCGUCUGCCUGCGCUGCUUCAGCCGCAGCGACCACCUCACCACGCACAUGCGCACGCACACAGGAGAGAAGCCGUUCUCCUGCGACGUGUGCGGCCGUCGCUUCGCGCGCAGCGACGAGAGGAAGCGGCACGGGCGCGUGCAUCUCAAACAGCGCGAGAGGAUGCAGCAAAAGUCGGAGCUACUGGCUGCAUGCGCGUUCUCGCUUCCAGGACUUGUGUGAGCUCCAGGGCCAUUGAUAGUGUUCCCGUUUUUUUUCCCCCACUCUGGGAAGUUUAUGGCUCAAGGAGAGGCGCAGUUGAUGUGCGCGAGCAGCUCAGUGCUCGAGACACUGGAAGAGACACAGUCUUGAAUGGGACUGGCGCGAGCACCACACUUGUGUCGAUGUGUGACGCGCGAAAAGACUCUAAACGAAUGAGAUCGAUUGCCUGGAAAAGCCAGACAUUUGGACAUUACCUCAAGCAGUUAUUUGUCACCAUACUUGCAAGAAGUGACAUUGAUCACGAGGACCUCAGAUGUUGUUGUGACACACUUUGCAUGUCUUGUGAAUUUGUUUGACACUUUCUAUACCACGCUGGCAUGCGCAAUGUGAUCUGCGUCUGUUACCAUGUUGUGUUUUGAUACACCACUUUAUAAAUCACGAGAAGAGCCCUAUAUAUUUGUACAUGAAUGUCAUUUUGUAUUCGUCAAUUUCCUGAAAGAGCGCGCGAGAUCUCUUCUGUAGUGACUGUAUGCCACUUUUGUCUGGUUGGUUCUUGGGAACCUGAAGCUGAAUAUUUACAGACUUCCACAUGGCAGUGGAGUUGCAGUAGCACACUUGAUGUGCAGUUACACCUCGGUCGUGUGGAUAUUAUUGUCUAUUUGCCUUUGAAAACUGUUCUUGUGCAAUGAGAUGCUGUUAAAUGCCUUGUGGAUAUUCUGAGGCUGUUGAAUGUUUCAAAUAAAACUUUAUU